CGGCCCGGCCCGGCGAUGCCCGCACCCGGCGCGCCAUGAGCGCGGAGGCGGAGAGCCCCCAGGCGGGGACCGGCAAAGGCGGCGGCCCGGCAGCCCCAGAGCCCGGCUCGCCUGCCGGCAUGGAGCCGGCGCUGGCGCCUGCCUCCCCACGGGCGGUGCCGGGGGGCGGCCUGUUCGGGUGGCUGCGCGGGCGCGGCCUGGGCCGCAGCGCCGCUGUGGACCCGGCGCGGGACACCUUCCGCGCCAUGACCGGGCUGUACGGCUCCAUCCAGCCCGCCGACUCCGUGUACCUCAGCACCCGCACGCACGGCGCCGUCUUUAACCUCGAGUACUCGCCCGACGGGUCAGUGUUGACUGUUGCUUGUGAACAGACUGAAGUGCUGCUUUUUGACCCAAUAUCUUCAAAGCACAUCAAAACUCUCUCUGAAGCUCAUGAAGACUGUGUAAAUAAUAUCAGGUUUCUAGAUAAUCGGCUGUUUGCAACUUGCUCCGAUGACACUACGAUAGCACUUUGGGAUCUCAGAAAACUGAACACAAAAGUGUGCACUUUACAUGGUCACACCAGCUGGGUUAAGAACAUCGAGUAUGAUACCAACACAAGGUUAUUAGUAACAUCGGGGUUCGAUGGAAAUGUGAUCAUCUGGGACACGAACAGGUGCACAGAGGAUGGAUGUCCCCACAAGAAGUUCUUUCACACCCGUUUUCUUAUGCGAAUGAGGCUGACCCCAGACUGUUCCAAGAUGUUGAUCUCAACCUCCUCUGGAUAUCUUCUGAUUUUGCAUGACCUUGACCUGAACAAAUCUUUAGAGGUUGGCAGCUACCCAAUUUUAAGAGCUAGGAGGACUGCAUCAAGUUCAGACAUCACCUCAUCAGGCCCCUCUGGUCCUCGAGCUGUUGGUUCGCCAUGUCACCAAAGUGAGUCAGGUCCACUCUCUGAGAAGCACAUGUCACGGUCCUCCCAGCGAGAAGGUGGAUCUCCGAGAAAUAGUUUGGAGGUCUUAACACCAGAGGUUCCUGGAGAAAGAGACCGAGGCAACUGCAUCACUUCACUACAGCUGCAUCCCAAAGGGUGGGCGACGCUUCUGCGCUGCUCGAGUAACACGGAUGACCAGGAGUGGACUUGUGUCUAUGAAUUCCAGGAAGGAGCCCCCGUGCGCCCCAUCUCCCCUCGCUGUUCCCUGCGAUUGACUCAUUGCAUUGAAGAGGCCAACGUGGGCCGGGGCUACAUCAAAGAGCUGUGCUUCAGCCCCGACGGCCGCAUGAUUUCAUCCCCCCACGGCUUCGGGAUCCGCCUUCUGGGCUUUGAUGCACACUGCAGCGAACUUGUCGACUGUUUGCCCAAAGAAGCCAGUCCCCUGAAGGAAAUCCGUUCCCUCUACUCUCACAACGACGUGGUCCUGACCACCAAGUUUUCCCCAACGCACUGUCAGAUCGCCUCGGGGUGCCUUAGCGGACGCGUGUCUCUCUAUCAGCCAAAGUUCUAGGCACAUCUUGCACCCACUUCAGAUAUUUGUGGGGUUCCCUUCAGUUGAGUCGAGGUGCAUUGUGGAAUCUCUGCAUCCAGCUCAGACCAUAGUUUCCGUGGUCUUUGGGCACCACAGUGAAGGCGUUCCCAGCCCUGCACUGUGUUCCCAUCCCCCCAUGUCCUUCCCAGCAGACCUCUGCUCCUGCUGAUCCUGUGCCAUCAAGUCAUAGUUCUGGUUUGUUUGUACCAUAACACUUGUCAUUUCCCUCAGUGCAGCUUGAAUGGGCUGUGAGGGGGCAGGGGUGGCAGUUCAGCCAGAAUUGGCACAGGCUCCCCAGGUGCAACACCUCCCGGUUCCUCAGCAGCAGCUCCUCUGCUGAACUGCCACACCUACACUUCCUGGCCCUUUCUGUUGACGGAACUUAUACAGUGGAUAUUGGAUAAUGAGUUGUUUCUCCACAUAAUUAACACAGUUGGUUACUGUAACAAAAAGAAAAGAAAGUUUUGGUUUUGUUUAUAUAUUAGGUUGAUUCUGGUUGUCUAGAAAAAUGAGUUGAUUUUUCUUAAUGUUCUGCUGCAGGUAAGACAUUAGGUUUUCUCUGCAAAUAUUGUGUUUAUUGCCAGAAGGAAGGGGUUCUGGAUGGAGAUGUAGCUGCAUUUAUUCCUCAAAGAAUUUAGUAGGAAAAGAUUGGGGCAGGGAGGCAGAAGUUGAACCUGCCCUGGACCCACUGCAGACAAACUGCUUGGGUGGUUCAUGCAGGGGAGUGUCCUUGGUCAGCCUCUUCUGCACAGCUUGGACACCUCACUGCCAGGGUUUCUGUUGAAGGGACCUUUCCACAUCAGUUACACAAACCUUCAUCCCACAUUUGAAACUUAACACUGCAGAAUUUUCUGCUGGUGUUGAGUCUGUCUCCCCUCUGACUAUUGUCCACCCCUCACCUGCACCAUUGCUGAGAGAGGAGCUCACCUAGGAUUUGUCUGUGGUAUCACCAGAUAAGCCUUUCUUGACAGGUACUGUCAGUUUGGGGAUGGAUUAAAAGCAUACCUGUCUAGAGUAAGAUCUGUUUGGAUUUAACCAUGCUUAGUGUCAGAUGUGAAAAACACUAGUGUUCACCACUAAAUCACAACUAAGUAUGAAUGCCAAGUUUGACCCCUCAAGGUAAUAAGGUAACCCUGUAAACACAGUUAUUUCUGUCUUGUCCAUAUCAAGUUUUAAUAUUCUUAUCACUUACCUGUUACAAGAUUAUUUUUUUUUGUUGUGUUUCACUAAGUUUUUGCUGACCAAACACACAACUCAAUUCAGCAGGAAACUUCACCUAAAUAGGACUGUCAUAUUUUGGUGUUCAGAUUUACCAUCUCCAGUGCAGCAGUGUGUGCUUUUUUUUAACAGCUGAGUCUCAUAGAGCCUGUUGCAAAAUAUGUGUCUGGGAAGAAGACACCUUACGAAGAUGAGGUGGAAAACCAUAACAUGGCUGGGAUACCAUAACAUCACUGGGAAACCAUAACAUGGCUGAAAAAACAUAAGCCUGGUGAUCCUCUUGUAGGUUGGAAUUUGUGUCUGCAGCCUAGUCUGGGUCAUGGUGGAGAAGUCAUUGAAACUUCAAGCUUCUCUGCAUUGUGAGAAAAAAGAAAUUCUCUCUUGGAGAAUUUAUUUCCUAAUACAUAGCCUUCAAUAUUGGGUAUUUGGUAAUCUGGUGACUAGUUAAUUACUCCUGCAGUGGGUUUUCAACAUCUCUAGCAACUGACUGCUAAAGGACUUGCGUUCUGGUAGUCAAGUACCUGCAGCUGACAGACUUCCCCCUGUUGGGUAACAGUCCUAAACUUUCUAUUUUUGUGGGGUUUUAACAGAAUGGUGUCUCAGAAUAUUGUCCCAGCUGGAGGAGUACGAAUGAUUUAAAAAGUAAAUGUACUCAAUAAACUUAAAAUGCAAAUAAAUGCUCAUAGGCUUCUCAGAUAGCACCUCACAGGUUGAAAUGUUCCAUGGCACAUCUGAGCAGUUUCAUUGAUGCUGAAACCAUUGUCUCAAAGUCGGAAGUUGACUGGGGAAGUCAUAAAUUAAGACAGAGGCCCUGCUUUCCAAAGAGGGCUGACUCUGAAGUUAAAAUACUCAUUCAGAUACUCCUGAAUGCCUUUGGAACUGUGAGCUAGGAACACAAUCCAUAAAAAGGUAUUUUUUCACUUGAGGUUAAUCGACUAAACCAUGAAAAAUGGGGCAUAGUGACUGAAAUAAUAAAAUAUGCGUGUCACUGGGACCAGUUAGAAGUGCAUCACUUCAUGUGCUCCCAGCUUCUUGUGGGGCAGCUGGUGACCCUGAGCCUCGGGGACAGGCUGGAUUUCCUGGGUUGGUAAAAACAGCCCUCGGGGACUACCCUGCUCUGUGAUUUCAAGCAAUAGAAGUGAAGUGUGCAGGAAGAUGAGAUUUUUAUGCAAAUGAAGAGCUAAGCUACAAGGAGUUUUUAAUUGGCCAAGCUGGGGGCGGGGGGUAGAAACCCAAACCAAACCAAGUGUGGGGCAAAACUGAGCACUGUUCUUGAUGGUCAUCCAGCAGAAGUGCCAAGUUUGCUGUUCCUGACAUGUUCUGAAGCAGAAUGCAUUGUGACUGUAUCAACACACUUAUUUCUCUGCUCUCCCCUCCCCCCCGUUGUGAACAGUUGUGUCCUGUUAGGAAUAAAUGAACAAAGCAGUUUUCCCCUGUCCCCAGGCACUCACCCUCCCCAGGCUGCUCUUCUCUCAUCUUGUGUUUCCUUAAACAUCAUUAAAGGGACUACAGUUAAUGAUCUGAAGAAACAUUAAAUACUGUUCUCACAGGCUUGAGCUGUAUUUGCUAUGGAGAAGCAGCACCUAUGAAAUCAAAGCAGUUGUUGGUCAGUCUGUCUGUCUGGUUUUGGUUUUUCCUGUCAGAAAUUCCUUGAGCUGGUAGAUUGCUUGUAAGUUGAAUUCUAUGCCUGUUAAUAUGCACUGAGUGUUACUUUUUUAAUUCUACCUCAUGAAAUGUUGGUUUUUAGGAGAGAAUUGUGCUGAAGCAUUGGACCCUGGCUCUUCUGCAUAAAGAACUGUCACUUCUGAGUGACACAUGUCACCGCACCCAGAGCUGCUUGUGGAGGGGCUGCUGGGCAGGGGGCAGCUCUGAUCCUAAAGCUGACCUGGGUGAGGGGCUUGAUGACACGUUGGUGCUUUCCUGACAUGUCCAGCAGAUGCAUUUUUAUAUGGAUUCUGUCCAUGUGUGCUGUAGAAAUGUUACCUAGUUCUUCUGAUGACAUUUGUAGUAAGUUUGAAUUAGAGUAAAUAGGUAAUCUUAGAUUUUGGUCAUUUGAUUACUCCUUUUCAACAACACUUGGAAAUAUCCAAUGAAGGUUAAUCUGUGAAGUUUAUUUUACGUGUGAAGUUCACGUAACACUUAUGAAACAGUAUGCAGUAGUUUAUAACUGAUAUGCCUUGCAGUUGCAUCUUAGUAGAAGGAGUGAUUUCCAGUUGUCUCUUUCAAUAGUAAUACGUUGCCUUAUUGAAUUAAUGAAGUAAUUUGUUAGUGAGCUUUGGAUUAUUUCUAGAUAGUCAAAAAAGGUUUAUCUUACUGUUAUGUUUCAAAAGGUGAAUUCUUAAUCUUCCAGAGCUAUAUAAAACUGUCUGAAACAAAUACAAAAAAAUGUUAAAGCAGUAGAUGAGAGACUGCACUUAGCAGCCAAGCAUGGUGGUGGGUUUAUACCAGAGGUUUCUUUAAACUGGGUGACUUGACCAUGGAAGUGUUGGAUCACUUGGUAAAUUUUACAGUAUUUCUGCUGAAGACAGAGCUCUCUGUUUGAUUGUAAAGCAUGCAGUAUGUUUUUUAAAUGCAUGGUUUCAUAUUCAUUAACUUCUGUAGUAAAAGAAUUCCUCUGCUUACGGCAUGGCUGAUCAGCAGAAGCAGAUGAGCUGCACAAUUUAGUUCUCUGCAGGAAUCUCGGAGUCCAGCAGUGUCUGCAGGAACCAAAUGAGUGUUUGAAGCUAGUAAUCCUUUUGUAAUAGUCCAGUGACUGUCUGUUGUGGGAGUAAAUGCAUUUUCUGAGUAUUCCAUUAAUUAGAAGUCAGUCGUUAAAUCACUGCAGCACUGUCGGAUGUGAGGGGAGGGGGAGAGGAACUAUUCAUAGGACUAUACAAUGACAUUCAUGUAUAUAUGUACUUUUUUGUAUGAGGUGUGUGUGUAUUUCAGUAUAUAUACAGCCACUUGUCAAAUGUGUGUAGUUCAGGGAAAAAUGUAACCUCCAAACAGAGCUAUUGGGGAUAGGAGGAAAAGCACAGUGAUACGGACACACACACACGCUUGUUUGCACUCUUGGGGUCUUGGUAAGGACAGUUGGUUGCCUACUACCAGAAUUAGAAUGUAAACAUCAGGUUUUUCUUGGGUUUUUUUCUUUGGGGGGAGGGACUGGUUGAUUUUGGUGGGGUUUUUUUGUUUCUUUGUAGGUGGUGUGAUUUUUUUUUCUUCUUUUUUGAUGAUUUUUUUUUUGUUAAAUUUGGGUAACACUGAUGUGAGGAAGGUCCAGAUACUGUAAAAUAUGGGUCUGUUGCUCUAGGAAAUGUGGACUUUUAUUAAAAAUAAAGAAAUACACUUGCCAAAUGAAAGCUUUCAUAAGUUUACAAGAUCCUAAAAACUUGGAGCAAAUUGAGAAAGUCAGCAGACCAUAAUAUUUUUGUCCUGCAGGAAAAACAAACUUCUUGUUUCCUGAUCUUGGUCAAAGGUGCAUUUUCUUAAGCACUAAAGUAUCUUCAGUUAAGUAUAAGGUUUUUAAUACAAGAACAAUUUGUGCAUGUAGAGUAUUUUGAAAUACCUGAGAUUUCAUAGUAAAAAUUGUAGCCUUUUAAUACAGCAUAGAAAGUAUCAGAACUGCUCUGAAAAUAUUGUACUUACAGCCGUACAGUAACUUACUAUUUGUGGACAGUUUCUCUUGCUUGCAUAAUAAAUUAAACAUUUAAUAAUUCAGUGAAUUAAAAUCUAUUUUAAUGUAUCUUAAA